CGUGUUGCAUCAGGGCAGAGAUUAGUAGUAGCAGGGGAAGUUAAGGGUGAAGGGUGAAAUAAAUAGUAUCGAUAUCUUCAGGAUUCUAAACAAGGGAGUGAUUGGGUUAUACAUAUUUUUUUAUCUUAUCGCGCGCUGGAUUUCUUAGGAACCGGUUUAUAUAUUUUCAAGCAAUAAGCAUGGAUUACCUGGCUGACGUACCGUCUCAGCAAAAGCGUCUUCGGGAUGAGGUUGGCGUUCAUUGUCAAAAGCUGUUUAUGGAUUUUCUUGAAGAAUUUAAGGAAGAUGGUGAAAUCAAACAUCUUGAAGCACUCAAAGAUCUGGGUUGUCCAGAGCGCAGUACACUUGAAGUAUCGUUUGAGGAUGUCGAGAAAUACAAUCAAACCUUGUCCACUACCAUUAUUGAGGAGUAUUAUAGAGUUUACCCUUACCUCUGUCAAGCUGUAUCCAAUUUGGCUAAGGAUCGAGGUGGUUUGAUGAAAGAAAAGAUAUGCUAUGUUAGUUUAGUGGAUGUGCCAACUAGACAUAAGCUUAGAGAGCUAACCACAUCCAAAAUUGGGACUUUGGUUCGUAUUUCAGGACAAGUGGUACGAACGCACCCUUUUCAUCCCGAAUUGGUACUUGGCUCGUUUUUGUGUAUGGACUGUAAUAUUGUCAUUAAAAAUGUUGAACAACAGUUCAAGUUUACGAAUCCUACAAUUUGUUCUAAUCCUGCAUGCAGUAAUAGAAGAAGAUUUCUUUUAAAUACUGAUAAAUCUGAAUUUGUUGAUUUUCAAAAGAUUCGAAUCCAAGAGCCACAAGAAGAGUUACCUCGUGGGAGUAUACCCAGAUCUCUUGAAAUCAUUUUAAGAGCUGAAAAUGUUGAGACUGUACAGGCUGGUGACAGAUACGAUUUUACUGGAACUUUGAUUGUUGUACCUGAUGUUGGGGCUUUAGCUAUGCCCGGUGUCAAAGCAGAACUUGGCUCUAGACAUAAAAAAGGCGAACAGACUGAAGGUAUAAGGGGUCUCAAAUCUCUUGGUGUUCGAGAUCUUAAUUACAAAAUGGCUUUCCUUUGCUGCAGUGUUGCACCCACGAGUUUGCGCUUCGGUGGAAUGAGCUUAGAUAUUGGUCUUGAUGAAUUAUCUCCAGAGUUGAUGAAGAAGCAGAUGACUAAUGAAGAAUGGAACAAAAUUUACUUGAUGAGCAAAGAUAAGAACCUCUAUCAAAACUUAGUAUCAAGUCUGUUUCCUUCGAUUCAUGGCAAUGAGGAAGUAAAAAAGGGAGUGGUGCUUAUGCUUUUUGGUGGAGUAUCAAAGACCACAACCGAGGGUACAGCAUUGCGUGGUGAUAUAAAUGUCUGUAUUGUUGGCGAUCCAAGCACGGCAAAAUCUCAAUUGCUUAAGCAAGUUGCAGAAAUAUCUCCUAGAGCUGUUUACACUUCUGGAAAAGCCUCGAGCUCUGCUGGAUUGACCGCAGCUGUUGUUAGAGACGAGGAAUCAGGAGAUUUUGUCAUUGAAGCUGGAGCUCUCAUGUUAGCUGAUAAUGGAAUUUGCUGCAUUGACGAAUUUGAUAAAAUGGAUCUCAAAGAUCAAGUUGCUGUCCAUGAAGCCAUGGAGCAGCAAACUAUUUCGAUAGCAAAAGCUGGUGUAAGAGCAACACUAAAUGCGCGUACUUCUAUUCUCGCAGCUGCGAAUCCCAUUGGUGGACGCUAUGAUAGAGCUAGAUCUUUACAACAAAAUGUCAUGCUGACGGCACCAAUAAUGUCAAGAUUUGAUUUGUUCUUUAUUUUAAUUGAUGAAUGCAAUGAAAUUAUUGAUAAUGCAAUUGCUAAGAAAAUUGUUGAUCUUCACUGCAAUAAUACAAUUACCAUUGAAACGGUUUACUCUCGAGCUGAAAUAUUACGAUACAUAAACUUUGCCAAACAUUUUAAGCCAAUUGUCAAUGCAACUGCUGGGAAAUUAUUAAUUACAACUUAUACUGAUUUACGGCAAAGAGAAAGCCAAAAUGGUAAAAAAUCAACUUGGCGGGUGACUGUAAGACAACUGGAAAGCUUGGUUCGCUUAUCAGAAGCACUAGCAAAAAUCGAGUGUCAGGAUGAAGUAAUGGAAAAGCAUGUAAAGGAGGCACGCCGUUUGUUAAGCAAAAGUAUUGUUCGCGUAGAACGACCAGACAUUGAUCUUGAGGAGAACACGCAUAACCAUGGAGAAAGUAGUGGGUUCCCGCAAAUAGUAGAUGAUUCAAGCAAGCUAGAUAGUGACAUUCGUAUUACAGAUUCUGCAAAACUGAACAAUCCUGAAAAUCAUUUACUGUCAAAAAAAAAGCUGACGAUGUCUUAUGAAGAAUACAAAAACCUAACCAACUUAAUGGUACAUUACAUAAGAAGUGAAGAAAGUCGCAUCGAAAUAGAAGAUGAAGCUAAAGAUGGUGUGAAGAAGUCUGAAGUUGUUGCCUGGUAUCUCGAUAAAAUUCAAGACGAGAUCGAUUCUGAAGAAGAACUAUUAGAACGAAAAUCUUUAAUAGAGAAAAUCAUCUUAAGACUUGUAUAUCAUGAUGAAAUUCUUAUAGAAUUAAGAGAUGAAAAAAUAAAGGAAAAUGAAGAUCAGGAUCCACUAUUAAUUGUUCAUCCAAAUUAUGUUGUGGAGUAAAUUCUUUAUUUUUGUGAUUUAUAACUGAAAAAGUAAAAUUUGGACUAUGACUUUAGACUUAAAGUGUAAUACAUACAAACAUUAUUUAUUCUGAAAUGCUUCAGCUCAAUAAAGGCAGAAACAAUUUA